AUUGUCCACCAUUCAAAAAUGAUAAAACAUGGUGAAAUAAAGCCUUAGCUUUUCUCACCUUGUUCAAAAGAUAACCAAGAAACCAGAGAAGCUAAGCCUAGGUAGAAGAAACAAUUAAAUUCCCAACAAAAAUGGCAUUGAGAAUGUGGGCUUCUUCUACAGCUAAUUCCCUUGGCAUCUCUUGUGCCUCUAAAGCUCUCCCAUUCCCUGCAUUUUCUCUCUCUAGAUGCUUUUCCACUGUUCUGGAUAAUUUGAAGUAUGCAUCAUCACAUGAAUGGGUGAAACAUGAAGGUUCAGUGGCCACCAUUGGUGUUACUGACCAUGCUCAGCACCAUCUUGGGGAUGUGGUGUUUGCAGAGCUACCAGAUGGAGGAGUUGGAGUAACAGCAGGAAAGGCAUUUGCAUCAGUGGAGAGUGUGAAAGCUACCAGUGAUGUUAAUUCCCCCAUUUCUGGUGAGAUAGUUGAGGUUAACACCAAGCUUUCAGAGACACCCGGUUUGCUAAACUCAAGUCCAUAUGAAGAUGGAUGGAUGAUCAAGGUGAAACCAAGCAAUCCAGCAGAGUUGGAAAGCUUGAUGGGUCCAAAAGAGUACACAAAAUUCUGUGAGGAGGAAGAUGCCCACUAACACUUAUACAACAUUAGAUACAUCUUCUAUGCCAUGUUGUUUGAGUUCUUGUUAAUGUUAAAUUUACAGAUCUUCAUGUAUUAUUGGAGUGCUAAUAAUGCUCGAUCUCCAUGAUUUUACAGUUACUUAACAUGAGCAAUUCUAUGCUAUAUUAAACCAAACUAUUGGUAGGAAA